CACCGGUGAUGAUCAUGGAUACGAUGGGCUCUACUCCCUGUGUUGCUUCCUCACCUAGGCAGUCAUAUUGAUUGGAUCGGUCCAACCAGAAGAAUGCAUCUGCCAUUGUCAGCUUCGGCUUCAGCCUUUCCUUGGACCGAGACUCCCCUGGUAGCGUCGGCUCCCAUGCUCAACAUUGCCAUGCCUCUGCUCGCCGUGUCGGUCUCGUCCGCCGGUGGCUUGGGGUUUCUUGCUGCAGGAUACGACGUCUCUACUUUGGAGCGCAACCUUGAGGAGGCCGCACAACUCGUAGAGCGGACGGACACACCGAUCCGAUCAGUCUUUCGUGGCACCGGUAUCCUACCCAUCGGGGUUGGCUUUCUCAACUGGGGCGCGGACCUCGACAAGUCCGUCGCCGCAAUCGAACGGCAUAGGCCGUGCGCAGUGUGGCUGUUCGGUCCUCAGGCCCUGCCCGAUGAUUUGGUCCCCUGGGUGGUCCGGGUGCGCGCCGUCACCUCCGGAGGAACCAAGAUUUGGGUCCAGGUCGGCUCGGUAGCGGAAGCCGUGGCCGCGGCGGAGGUUCUUUGCCCGGAUGUACUGGUCGCCCAAGGCUCAGACGCUGGGGGUCACGGUCUAGCCCGCUCAGCUUCCAUCUUCACGCUAGUCCCCGAGGUAUGCGAUGCCCUCAAAGAACGCCGGCAAAGCGACAUCGCCGUGGUGGCGGCGGGCGGGAUCGUUGACGGGCGAGGGAUUGCCGCCUCGUUGACCUUAGGGUCGACUGGAGUCGUCAUGGGCACGCGCUUCUUGGCCUCGGUCGAAGCGAGUAUCGCCCGUGGCUACCAGGACGAGAUCCUACGGGCGUCCGAUGGGGGGGUCAACACCGUCCGCUCCACAGUGUACGACCGGGUGAGAGGGAUCACAGGCUGGCCGGGCCGAUAUGACGGGCGCGGCAUAAUCAAUCGAAGCUACACGGAUGCUACGGAAUGUGGCAUGGAUGAUGAGGAGAACCGUGCGUUGUAUGUGAAAGAGUUGGAGAAGGGCGAUUCGGGAUGGGGACCGCGCGCGCGGUUGACCACCUACGCCGGCAGUGGAGUUGGGCUCGUGAAAGCGACGCUGCCCGUGGCGAAGAUCCUGGAUCAAGUACGACUAGAAGCAAGGGACGUAAUCCAACGAUUUGCCGGAUAGCGCUGAUCCGAGCACACCGGGUCAGACGCGACGGAAAGUGCACUUAGGGUUCACUGAAUGGAGAUCCUUGGUGGCCCCACGAGGCUCGUUCGUAUAUUAUACUUUAUCAUAUACCUACCCAAUAGAACAUGAAACGAGUCAAAAGGACACAAUAUACAACCGCUGAGCUCUCGAAACUGAUAAUGGACG